GAGAUGAAGAAGGGAGUGCACCCGCAGAAGCAAUGGAUAACCUAUGUUACACAAACGGGUAGAUUGAUGCAUGUCAUGAUGACAAAGAUACACCCUGUUGGCAAAGUUUACCACUUCCGGGCAAGGCGUCAGAUGGCCGAGAGUUUGGGGCAGAUUGCCAAGUUCAGGCGUCGUUUUGGGCUAGAAAAUCCAGAAACCACUCCAAAAAAAUGACGUCCUCAACAAGAAGAGGGAGAGAAGUUUCUUUGCCUCUAUAUUUAGAUGCAAGUUCAAGGAAAAUAACAUAUAUACUUGAUGAUACUCUUAAUCUGGCUUUUUGUAGAAUUCAUUAUAUAUUUAUAUAUCAAGUUAAAACUGCUGAAACAUUUCAUUUUUCAGUUAAUAUCAAGUGAUGUCGUGAGUAGUGCAUUUUAUAAGU